GGUAAAUUCGACAUUAUGCGCCCCUCUAUUCCACAGUCCAGCAUAUCACACUGUAGUGCAGUAAAACGACAACAAAGUAAGUCAAUUUGACUGCAGUUAAAGUCUUUCUUGGAAACUAGUGAAGCCUGCUGUAAAACGUUUUCCUCAUGUUCCUGGUAUACAACUUUUGGUUACAGGAGUCACAGCACCGGCACCUAAAAUACACUGACUAAAGCGGGUUGGAGUCUGCGAUCACCGGAUAACCGUACCGGCCGUGCUCUACCAAGAUGGGUGAGGAUCAGAAGAUGGAGCUAGAUACAAUAGCAUCUGUUGGGAUGGAGGAGGAUGGUGACACUGCUGUUCAAAAAAUGAAUAUCGACCAACAGCCAAAUGGUGGCAGCGGUGGGAUCAGCAGAGAUUCCGCCGAUUGGGGCAGCAGGCGCAUCUACAAGAACCUUCUGAUCAUCUGCCUCGCCUUCCUCUUCCUCUUCACUGCUUUCCAGGCGCUGUCCAACCUCCAGAGCAGCAUCAAUUGCGAUGCUGGGCUGGGGCUGGCAUCUCUGAGCACCAUUUAUGCCACACUAGUCGUUUCCGCCAUCUUUGUCCCGUCUGUUGUCAUCCGCCUCCUAGGCAUGAAGUGGACACUGUCGGUCUGUAUCUUCUGCUACUCGAUCUACAUCGCCGCCAAUUUCUAUCCUGACUGGGGCACCCUCAUCCCGACUUCGGCACUUGUUGGUCUUGCUGCCGCCCCUCUCUGGGCUUCGAAGAGCACCUACGUGACAACCAUUGCUCGGAGAUACGCCGAGAUAACUGGCAACACUGACAACGCCAUGGUCAAUCGCUUCUUUGGGAUAUUCUUCCUCUUCUUUCAGUCCAGCCAGGUCCUUGGAAAUCUUAUCUCGUCCUUGGUCCUGCGACAGGAUGGAGCAGAACCUACGGGAGAGCUUGUCUGUGGCGCCAAUGAUUGCCCUGUGACAUCCAAUAGCAGCGGUUAUUGCGAGUCUCCGCAGAGGUCUGUUACCUACAUGCUGUUGGGAAUCUACCUGGGAAGUGGGCUAGCAGCCGUGCUCGUCGUUUCAGUAUUUCUUGACAAACUCAAAACAAGCCAGCGAACUCAAACAGAGAAUCCCUGCCAACUCUUUAUGGCCACUGUGCGACUGAUGAAAGACUACAGGAUGCAGCUGCUGAUUCCACUGACGAUUUACAGCGGGCUGGAACAGGCGUUCAUUACCGGAGACUUUACUCGGUCUUACGUAACGUGCACUGUUGGUGUAGGUUGGGUGGGGUACGUCAUGAUAUGUUACGGUGUGACAGACGCUGUCUGCUCGCUCGUGUCUGGUCGCCUAGUCAAGCACGUGGGCCGGAUACCACUCUUCACUUUUGGCGCCGUGGUCCAAAUGAGCCUGAUCUUCACGCUUCUGUUCUGGGUACCAACGAAGGAUCAGCUGGCGGUGUGCUUCGUCAUUGCGGCGUGCUGGGGUGCAGCAGACGCCAUCUGGCAAACGCAGAUCAACGCCUUGUACGGUGUACUCUUCCCAGACAAGCCAGAGGCAGCAUUCUCCAACUAUCGGCUGUGGGAGUCCCUGGGCUUCACCGUCUCCUUCGCCUACAGUAACUUCCUGUGCGUCUGGAUCAAGCUAGCGGUACUGGCCGGCGUGUUAGUCUUCGGGAUUGGGUUCUACUACAUCGUCGAGAUGAAGGCCUGUAUGCGGCGGCAGAGGGAGGCAGACAGAGGGCGGGAUGUGGGCAAAGCUGGUCUAGACAGGGAUUUGACCUAAUCACAUCUGAGGGGCAAGGCAGUGGCGGUUCUACGGGGGGCUGGGGGGGGGGCCCAAAAAAAAAAUUGUCUAGCCCCCCCAAAAAGAUUCCAUAAAAAUAUGCGCUAGCAAAAUGCAAGAAUUUGACGUACAUGGGAGCGGUUUCCCCCGAAAUGAGAAGGGUGCAUUUGUACACUUUUAAUUAAUAAAUUGCCUGAUUGUAGGAUUUUAUCAGUGCUCCUCAUUGAAAAUAUGGCACUUGGGCAGACAUUUAUUAAAAAGCGGCAAAUUAAUGUAUGAUGAGUGCGUGUAUCACAUGCAGUCAUCCAUCACUGCUUUGUUGUUGGCCACACUCGACAAUUUUAAAACAAAACACAGUAGAAACUUAUUCCAAACAUUUCUAUUUUAUUUCGCCAUUAAAAAUAGUAUUGCGAAUACUCAAAUAUUAUUUCAGAUACAAACUCUUUAUCUAAUCGAUACAAUCAUGAAGCUAUUUAAUAGCUACAUGUAUACGUCAUUUGUAAACUACAUGUAUAAUUAAAACAGUAAUGACAGUAUUGCAUAGACUGUAUAACAAAAUUCAUUUCUGAUAAAUAUUGUCAUUUUACAUAUUACAAAUAUUCUUGUGGUGGUUUUGUAUACGUAAUAUCUUAUCUAUUAAAUCAGUAUUGCACAGAAUUUACAAGAGCUUCAAUUUUUUUUAAUGGUGAGUUCGACUUAAAUUUUUAUUACUUAAAUAAUCAUUUGAUGUACCAGUUGGAAUUAUUA